CGGAGGGUUGUUGUGUCUGCUGCUGAACAAGGAGAACAUGAGAAAACCCAAACACAGUGAGGAAAUGAACCGCUUCUAACUUCCAGUGUCUGCGGGUACCGUCUGGCUCCACGGUUCGCGGCUCGGUGAACUGCUCAGAGUGUGUCCGGGGUUACAAGUGGCGGAGCGGCUCCUCGCGGGAGUGUUGGAGACGGCCUGCGCUCCAGUCAUGACCUCUGGGAAUGGAAACACUAACAGCAACAGCGGCCAACACAAUAGAGAGAGCAGAGCAGCCCAGGCCCUCAUGAGGUGCCACAUCCUCACCCAUCUGAUAGAGGGCUUCGUCAUCCAGGAGGGGGCCGAGCCUUUCCCUGUGGAGCGUCCGUCUUUCUCAGUGGAGAGCCUGAGGAGACACACUGCAGACUCAAAGAUGGACGUCCUCUCACCAAAGGAGUUGAAGGCCCAGCAGGAGCCCAUGCUGACCUGUGAGCUGUGUGGCAGGGUGGAUUUCGCCUACGUCUUCAAAAGGUCCAAGAGGUUCUGCUCCAAUGUGUGCGCCAAACGCUACAAUGUGGGAUGCACAAAGAGAGUGGGUCUCUUUCCAAACCGUAAAGCCACCCUGGAGAUCAUGAAGAAACAGAGAGCACUGAACGGAAACCUCAAGCUCUGCAGUCUGGAGUCCAAGAAGAAGAAGCCUGCUGCUGGUGCCUCUCCGUCCACCGGCCAGUCGCUCCACCCUGCUCAGGGACAGUCCAGCCAAUGCUCAGACCUGCCUGGAUACAAGAGACCACCGUCCCCCCCGUCAGCAACGCAGCCCCUCUGCUUCCUGCCCUCUGACCCCGGCCAGUGGAACAUAGACGAGGUGUACGAGUUCAUCUCCUCUCUGCCAGACUGUCAGCAGGUGGCUGAGGAGUUCCGCUCUCAGGAGAUCGAUGGCCAGGCCCUGCUGCUGCUGAAGGAAGACCACCUCAUGGCCACCAUGAAUAUCAAGCUGGGGCCCGCACUGAAGAUCUACGCCCAGAUCAGCACGCUCAAAGACUCGUAGCCCAUCCUACACACACACACACACACACACACACUGCUCUGAGGCACGUGUUGACUGAGCUUGUGGUGCCACAUUAGCUUGAUGGACAUUCUGACAUCAGCUGGGACUUUUUGACUCUCCUUCACUUCCCUGAUAGCUGCUCCUUCUGGUAAACGUGAGCCCAUAGUGUGGAUGUUAGGUAGGCUGUGUCAGGGGGGUGUUUUAUUGAGAACAUAUUGUUUUCAUAAUGUUUCUUUAAGGUUAGCAGAUCCUCUAGGACUUCACAAGGAGCGUGACUGUGAAUAUUCAGAUGUGUGCGUGCCGUGUUUGCCUGACUGCUUCAUCACAAGGUGGGUGUUAUGCAGAGCCUCCCAUCUGUGGUUCUGAUCCAGGACUUUACAUGCUACCCAUCAGAGCCCUGCACUGCUAUCUCCGAAAACUCUGGACAUUUCAUUCACUCACAUUCAUUCACACAUGAAGUUGCUGGAACCUAUCCGAAGACACUGGCAUUAUGGUUGACUAUUUAUUGAAUCAUAACCAUUAUGAAGAUGUGUUAAAAAGUCAGAUUGAUGACAGACAAAAGCAGAUUUGUCUCUGCUUGCAGUCUUAGAGGACGUCCUGGGCGUCUCUGCAGGGCAUCAGGAGAUUCGUACUCCCCAGAUUUGUGAGGAACGGCUUGAUUGAACGGUCAGUUGAUUUAGUGUAAUAAAUAGCAUUUUCCUGAAAUCAGAUAAUGAUGACUCCACUAGGUUUAAAUAGUAGAAACAGCCACUCAAACACUGUGUAAAACGGCUGGUUAAUGUGUGUAUCUCUGUACAGGACAACAUGAACACAUUAAAUGUCAGCAUUAUUGCAGUGCUUCAACCCUCAGCCAUGCUUUGAUAGUGUGUGUGUAUGAAGGCUGGAUUGAUCACAAGUGAUACAGUAUGUGUUCACUAUCUGAGCCACACUUCCAUUUAGGGUAGCAGCAGUGAUCGGGUGGAGUGUGCACACAGGAAGUGCCUAUGUGAUACAGAAGUAUGAUUCAGGCUUGAAUUAAUAAUUGGACAGUGGGUUAGGGUUAGGUCCAGUGUCACCAGAAAUAGGUUGCAGUAGAGGACCACAUGUAGGGGCCACACACAGUAAACAGGUUUUGGUAUCUUACUGCACUUAACUCUAAAAACUUUGUAUUACAAACCAUACUAUAUUUGGCAGAAACAUACAUGUAAUUCACCAUCAUAAAAACAGAGGACCUUUUUUAAUUUUCAAUGUCCAAGAUCUGUUUGAGGGAAAAAUAAAACAACUGUAGUUCACUGGGCAACACGGAAAGACAGUUUAUAAUGUUUAUAUGCAUUUGUUUACAGUGUUUUAUUUUAGAAUAAAGCUGGUUUCUUUAGUUAAGCUGCAAUUGAACCUUGUUAUCCUUCAAAAAUGAUAUAUAUGUGCCGCCAUAUA